AUGGAGCUCACCUGGCUGGCUAAUACUCCCCAGUCGCGAAGUAGGACACGCGCUCCGCGAGCCUGUCCCGCAUGCCAGCGACGGAAGAAACGGUGUCGACAUCUUACUCUCGGCAUAGAACCCACGGAAGAAGCGGGUCAACCGCCGCGCAAAAUCAAAGCGCAGGCAUCGAAUGCCGUUGGCGAUGGCGAUGAUUUCGAGCGACGUCCUCGAAGGAGAACAGCUUCUGCAGAUCCAGUAUUGCCGUCCCACUCCUUCCACAGUACCGAACGGUUUGUGGGUGAUCUAAACCCUGAGGCUGUCAUUCGAGAAAGAUUCGACGCGCCCACUGACAGCCCUCUCCGGGAUCGGGUUGGUUUAUGGAUCAAUUCUUCCACGACGCAAAAUGAGAUUGAGCCUGAUAAAAGCCAACCCACUGAUACAGGCACAAACUCUCUCCCGGCCUUGCCUGAACCACCAACAGGAGCUCUCGAGAGCCAAACGAUCAGCUCUAUCUUGCACCAAAGAUAUGUAUCUGCAAUGCAAGCUUGCCACGAGCUUCCCAAAACGACGCGAGAGAAUCUGACUACGAUAUUCAUCGAGAAGAUCCACCUUCUCAUCCCCGUGCUAGAUCUCGAAGAACUGAAGGAGACUCAAGCAAACGGCUCCGCAUCUACAUUCCUAGAUCGAGCCAUCUUUUUAUCCACCCGCCAAUUCUGCUCAGAGCUCUACAAAGGCCUCGUCACAGCAAUGGAAGCAGAACUGGAGCCGGACCGCCUGACGCGGAUUCGCGUAUGGGCCUUGAUGUCUUUACACUGCGAAGGACACGAAGGAGCCGAAGCCGCAUCUCUGCACCUAUGCCAGGCAAUCCACCAGGCUCAAACGGUAGGUUUGCAUCUUGACCGGCCGGGCCGAACAUCUGCAGACCCCCUCCCAAGACUAUUCUGGUGUCUGUGGACGCUGGAUAAGAUGCAUGCGAGUAUCGGUGGUCGUCCAGUUCUCCUAGCCGACCGCGAUAUCGGGGUUACGAAACCUGAUUCACGAGUUGCAGGGACGCGAGGCGCUUUUGCGGUCUGGCUGGCUGUUUCAGAAUUGCUCGCAACGGUUAUAUCAUUUUACCGCCCCUCUGCUGGGGUUACGAGCGGGUGGGAAGAAGGAUUCCCUGCGUUUGAGGAUAUUGUGGAGGAGCAUACGAAUGGAGAAGUAGACUUUGCUACUCUCGGCUUAUUAGAACUAUACUAUCACUGCGUCGCCAUCCUAUCCUGCCGCUACAAAUUGACAGAAAGCCUCGAUGGAACCCGAAUAUCAUCAAUCCGACAAGGCCUAGCAGCCGUGCGAAUCUAUUCCAUCGUCGCCGUGGAAUGCGACAAUCAACUUCCGCCUCAUCCGAUCGUGCCAUACGCCAUUUCCCUCUCUAUGGGAGUUUCAUAUCGACAGCUUCGCUCAAGCAAACUGAUUACCCACUUUAAUCGAGCAAAGGCUAGUCUCGAGUCCUGCUGCUCUCUACUUGAAAAGAUUAGCCCACAAUGGUAUUCUGCAGAGGCCAUGGCGCGACUGGGGCGAAAAGCCUUGCACCAGAUGGACUUGAACCCUGAGCACCGCCGACCUCAGCCUGCAGAAGCACCGUUGCCGCGCUUGUCUACAGUCCGUGCCGCCCCCGCGCAGGAGCCAGAGCUAGAGCCGCCCGGACUCGCACUCCCCACGAACACGAAUGCAACUGCGUUGGCCUUAGCCCCAGGGACGAUCGAUAUGGUAUCGGGAAUGCCAACUGCGGCCCCUGAGUGCGAGGGCCCAGGGUCGCUGAAAACACCGCUAGAGAGUGCGAGUGCUAGUGCGCUCCCAUCGAUGCAAGACCUUGAUACUGAAGCCCCGACGCAUGGGUUUGCAGACAUUGACAUGCUCUUUGGUGAGUUCCUGGAUCUCUCACUCCCGACGAACUUCUGGGACCCCGUCUUCGCCGAGGAAGACCAGCAGCACGGUACCUAA